AUGGAUGUAUUCAAGUCCGGGCGCAUCGCCGUGAGCGUCAUCAAGCCCGACCAGUCGGACGCCGACAUCAUAUCCCUCGAUGUCGCCGGCGACAUGACACUCGAAGUUCUCAAAGCCGUCAUCGAAAGCGAUUCCAACAUACCCCCUUCCGCACAGCGAUUGGUUUUUAAUAAUCAACUCCUCAGCAACGAUGCUCAGACGCUAGAACAAGUGGGGAUACUCGAAGGAGACAUGUUGCUGGUUCACGUCGGAGGGGGUCGGCCUCAACCUACGUCACGGAGUCUGGGUGGCCCUGCAGCUGGAUCGCAGGCAUUACAGCGACAGCAGCAGUUACAACAGCAACAACAACCAUUAUUCGACACCGAGACUCUGCGUUUGAAUUUGUUGGGUGACCCGCGAGUUAUGGAGACCGUGCGCCGUCAGAAUCCAGAUUUGGCUGCUGCGGCGGAAGAUCCUCGACGAUUCCAGGAAGUCUUACUUGCUCAGAAGCGGAGGGAACAGGAGCUGGAACGUGAGAAGGAAGCAAAAAUUGCAGCACUUAACGCCGACCCAUUCAAUAUCGAUGCGCAGCGGGAGAUUGAAGAGAUUAUUCGACAGCAGGCUGUCACAGAGAACUUGCAUAAUGCUAUGGAGCAUCACCCAGAGUCAUUCGGCCGCGUGACUAUGCUGUACAUUCCAGUCGAAGUGAACGGAAAACCCAUCAGAGCUUUCGUCGACUCCGGCGCUCAAGUAACGAUCAUGUCGCCCGAGUGUGCAGCAGCUUGCAAUAUUAUGCGUCUCGUCGAUCAACGCUACGGGGGUAUUGCCAAAGGAGUGGGCACAGCCAAGAUCAUUGGACGGGUGCAUUCGGCGCAGUUGAAGAUUGGAUCUAUGUUUCUGCCCUGUUCCUUUACAGUCAUGGAAGGAAAACACAUUGACUUGCUCUUGGGCUUAGAUAUGCUGAGACGCCAUCAAGCUUGUAUCGACCUUAAACGGGGCGCAUUGGUCAUCCAAGAUCAAGCUGUCCCGUUCUUGGGAGAAGCCGAGAUCCCGAAAGAAUUCCAAGACGAGUUUGAAGAUGAACCCGUCAUUCGCGGAGCAGACGGAGCAGAAAUUGGUGCCCGCUCAGGCGCCGUCACACACCAUGCUGAGAAUCAACCUGCCCAGCCUACACAACCCCAAACUCGGACAUUGGGAGGAGCAUCACAGUCAUCAACAUCGUCACGCUGGUCCACAAGCUCGAUAAACAAGAUUGUCGAGCUGGGAUUCAGCCGCGAACAGGCCAUAUCUGGAUUGGAUGCAAGCAAUGGCAACGUAGACCAAGCCAUUAAUUUCCUGCUUGGAGGUUGA